AUGUCAUUUAGAGGUACUCAAUUUCCUCAGGGUACUCGCAGAUCAUCAUCUGGAUAUGGAAUUCUCCAGGGUGCUGGUGCUGGUGCUGCUACAGGCUCCACGGGAUCCACUAACUCCGCAGGACCCAUUGGCAAUACAGGUAUCCCAGGCGUGCCGGGCAUCCCAGGCUCUACAAGUCGUGCAGGUGAAAUAUACCAUCACCAAUAUCGUCGAGAUUCUGCCGCUAGUACGCGUACUGACCCGUUGGAUGCAAUAAACAGGCUUAUUCCAUCAGACAAUCCAUACGUUAAAAAGUUCGAGAAGGUGAGCGAGAAGGUGGAGAGUCUGAUCGACCGGUACUUGGGGGGCGCUAAGCCGUACGUUCCAUCGAUCGGCCGUUUCUUUAUUGUGGCAACGUUCUUGGAGGACUCGCUACGUAUCUUCUCACAGUGGAAAGAGCAGGUGUACUACUUGAGUACCUACAGACAUCUCUACGAAUGGGUGGUGAAACUCUUCUUAGUGUUUAACGUGGCGGCCAUGUGCACGGGCUCUUUCUUGGUGAUCACGCGGAUGAAACCCUUGUUGGCAACGGGUCUUCUUUCGUCCAUUGUCUUUCUUCAGGGUCUGGUGUACGGGUUGCUAUUUGAGAUGUUCUUCUUCCUGAGGAACGUUUCCGUUAUUGGAGGUCUUUUAUUGGCUCUAUCCGAUUCCAUAGUCAUUGAUAAGCGUCAAUUGAUGAUGCCCGGUCUCCCUAUGAUCGAAAGCAAAGAUCAUAAGAAAUACUUUCUUCUUGCUGGAAGAAUCAUGCUCAUAGUUCUCUUUUUGGCUUUCACCAUAAACGUCAAGUUCUCCUUCUUCAGCAUUAUCAUUGUCCUGGUCGGUUUAAUUAGUUGCUUAUCCGUCGCUAUUGGUUACAAAACCAAGUUCAGCGCUGCCAUUCUUACCUUCCUAUUGGCUGUCUAUAAUACUACUACCAAUCACUACUGGACUUACGAUUGGAAGGAUACUAGAAGAGACUACUUGAGGUACGAAUUCUUUCAGACCUUGAGUAUCAUCGGUGGUCUCCUCUUGAUUGUCAAUACUGGAGCAGGAGAACUUUCCAUUGACGAGAAGAAGAAGAGAUACUAG